AGAGCCAGCGCGGUGAGGACCAUGUUGCUUCCGAACAUCCUGCUCACCGGUACACCAGGGGUUGGAAAAACCACCCUAGGCAAAGAACUUGCAUCAAGAUCAGGACUGAAAUACAUUAAUGUGGGUGAUUUAGCUCGAGAAGUCUGAUCAACGGAUAUCAUGGAUUCUGGCAAGAUGGCUUCUCCCAAGAGCAUGCCGAAAGAUGCACAGAUGAUGGCACAAAUCCUGAAGGAUAUGGGGAUUACAGAAUAUGAGCCAAGAGUUAUAAAUCAGAUGUUGGAGUUUGCCUUCCGAUAUGUGACCACAAUUCUAGAUGAUGCAAAAAUUUAUUCAAGCCAUGCUAAGAAAGCUACUGUUGAUGCAGAUGAUGUGCGAUUGGCAAUCCAGUGUCGUGCUGAUCAGUCUUUUACCUCUCCUCCCCCAAGAGAUUUUUUAUUAGAUAUUGCAAGGCAAAGAAAUCAAACUCCUUUGCCCUUAAUCAAGCCAUAUUCAGGCCCCAGGUUGCCACCUGAUAGAUAUUGCUUGACUGCUCCAAACUAUAGACUUAAGUCUUUACAAAAAAAGGCAUCUACUUCUGCGGGAAGAAUAACAGUUCCGCGGUUAAGUGUUGGUUCAGUUACUAGCAGACCAAGUACUCCCACGCUUGGCACGCCAACCCCACAAACCAUGUCUGUGUCAACUAAAGUAGGGACUCCAAUGUCCCUCACGGGGCAAAGGUUUACAGUACAGAUGCCCACUUCACAGUCCCCAACUGUAAAAGCAUCAAUUCCUGCAACAUCUGCAGUUCAGAAUGUUCUAAUUAAUCCAUCAUUAAUUGGGUCCAAGAACAUUCUUAUAACCACUAACAUGGUGUCAUCACAAAAUACUGCCAAUGAAUCAGCAAAUGCAUUGAAAAGAAAACGAGAAGAUGAUGAUGAUGAUGAUGACGACGAUGAUGAUGACUAUGAUAAUUUGUAAUCUAGCUUUGAUGCUUGUAACAUGUGUACUUGGUCUUGAAUCCAUUGUACUGAGAUUAAACAUGCAUGCUGGGUGUUUUCAUGUUGUGUUGUAGAACAUGUAAAUUGUAUUUAAUGAGUAAAUAUAGUUACCCUCUCUGA